GGCUGGUGACCGGUGAGAAUAGCGGCCACGUCAGUUUCUCUCUUCGAUCGACUACGAUAUGAGCACGAUUGUGUUCGCGCCAUGAGAAGCAACAAGGUUGAUUGCUCAAGCGUCGGAUAUGAGAAUGAUUAGAAGGGUUUCAAUUUGGUAUCAUCUCUGUGAUGGACUCCUGGCUAGAGGCAUUUCGAAGCUAGGCGUCAAUGUAGUUCGCUCUUAUUGUGAUGGCUCCCAGUCACAACUUCGCCAUCAUAAGAUUCCAGGGCCGCUGGUCCAGUAUAGAAGUCUGGUUGCGCAAGGGAAGCUGCAACAUGAUCCUUAUCAAGAAAGUGUUGCUUCAGAGCUGGAGAAUUUGCUUGCAAGGUUGGAGCAGUAUGACAAAGAAAUGGAGGAAUAUCAUGUAAAUCUGUCCAACUGGGAGAGGAAUCGGGAAAAUGAACGUCGUAGACUCAUGAUGCAGGAAGUCGAGCACCACCAACAACAUGAGGACUGGUGGACGCGAUUAACCAAGCGUCGGAAUAAACUUGUUGAAAGAUGGACCUCUCGGAAGAAACCAAAACAUAUGGAGCCAGGAGUGGGAAAAUGGGUUUCGUAUCUUAAUCGUGAGAGGAAAUUAGAUUCACUGGGCGGUCCCCGUCCAAAAGCUCCACCAGCACCAAAAGGACUUUACAUUUAUGGCAAUGUUGGCAGUGGGAAGACAAUGCUGAUGGAUAUGUUUUAUAUUGCCACUGAACGAAUUGUUAAACAUCGAAGAAGGUACCACUUUCAUGAGGCCAUGCUAAGAAUAAAUGAACAAAUGCACAAUUUAUGGAAGAACCAAAGAGAGGAAAAGUCUUUGGAAUCAAGCAUUUCUAGUUGGAUCAUGAAUCUUCCCUUUGAUUCAAAAGCUAAGGAGUGGCUAGCUGCAGAAGAAAAAUACAAGGAAGAAGUGCAGAUGAAAAACAUUCUCCUUGCUGUAGCAGACAAGUUUUUUGUGGAUCAAAUAGAAAAUGAAGGGGGAGCUAGUAUUCUAUGCUUUGACGAAAUACAAACUGUUGAUGUCUUUGCUAUUGUGGCUUUAUCUGGAAUUCUAAGCAGAUUGCUGAGUACUGGAACUAUAAUUGUGGCUACCAGUAAUAGAGCACCAAAGGACUUAAAUGAGGCUGGUAUGCAAAAGGAAAUCUUCCAAAAACUUGUCUCGAAAUUGGAACAACAUUGCAAUAAUGUAUUAAUUGGUUGUGAAAUUGAUUACCGUCGUUUUAUAGCCCAAAGAUCAGUAAACCAGGUACAUUAUUUAUGGCCUCUUUCAAGAGAUGCUGUGAAUGAAUUUGAGAGAAUGUGGCAUGAUAUAACAGGAAGACUGGGAGGAAAAAUAGUCUCUAACAUUAUCUCGGUGAUGUUUGGAAGGACACUUGAGGUUCACGAAAGCUGCAAUGGAGUUGCACGCUUCACAUUUGAGUAUCUUUGUGGUCGUCCGUUGGGUGCAGCUGAUUAUAUUGCAGUAGCUGAAAACUAUCACACUGUUUUCAUAUAUAACAUUCCAGUGAUGAGUAUGCGUAUUCGUGACAAGGCACGGAGAUUCAUCACCCUUAUUGAUGAACUAUACAAUCAUCAUUGCCACUUGUGUUGUUUGGCAGCCUCUUCGAUUGAUGAAUUAUUUCAAGGAACUGAGGAGGGAACACUCUUUGACUUGGAGAGUUUCCAGUUUGAAACAGAGACUGAAGGUGGGAAACUUCGAAGAGACGUCUUAGCAGAAGGCAAUGUGGGAUCAGGAGGUGCCCCUUGUGGUAUCACAUCCAUUCUGUCUGGUCAGGAAGAGAUGUUUGCUUUUCAGCGAGCUGUCUCACGCUUGAUUGAAAUGCAAACGCCAUUGUACUUGGAUGGAGUCCGUAAUUUCCACCCUUACUUCCAGAGGCAACGUCAAGAAUCUCUUAAAAUAUCUCGCGAGAACUUGCAAUAUGACAUAUCAGUCUGAACAGUAAGCAUUUUUCGGCCAGCUAAUCAAUUGUUUAAGGUGCAGUUUGUAGCUCCAGUUCUCGUGAGCCUACACUUCGUUGCUCUUCAGUAAUAAGCAUCGGCAGAGGAGUGAUUGACUUUGUGAUCCAUAUCGAUUCUUUAUUCCUUAGUGCCAUAUCCCUAGAUGGCGCUGCAAUGUAUAAUUAAUACUUAUUUUUGUGCUCUUCUAAAUAUAUAAAUCCUGAAUGAUGUUCAAAUGUAUCAACUUUGUUGUUAGAAGGGUAGUGAAUCAUGAUUGAUGUAGUUCAAUGGUAAUUUCUGUUUUCUUUUCAAACUCGAUGAACUGAUCCAUAAAUCUUGGUGGGAUAUAAUAGAUUGAGUACAAAAUCUUGCGUUUUACAUGA